AGGUUCGUAAUAAAUGAGGAGUUGUUCGUCCAAUCAGCGUUGAGGGUUCGUUUGAUUAGAGUAUCACAUCAACAUUACGCAAAUGAGCUACAGAUUUUCAAACAGUCAGAGAGCGCGUGACCGCGAUCAGAUGGAGAAGGCCUGUAGCAUGUCACUGUCAUGACAUGUCAGCUACCCAGAUCUGAAACCUUUAGUUGGAUCUCACUGGUUAGUGAAGCUGGAGCUCUUCUGCUGUGACGUUGAUUCGUCUCAACAGUCUAUUUAGGCGAUUAUUCCAAAACAUCUUCCACACAGCACAACAUAAAAAGGACUACGUGCGAGAUUUUUGUUAUUCUCAUUCGCAUUUCUUGAUUUGUGGAGAACUGUCUACACAUGGAAUGGCCACUUAAGAUGUCUUUCAGGUAAUCUGAGCGCUGAUUUUUAUCGUGUCCUCCCCCUCCUCCCCCGCGGUGAUCGCGCAUCGCGCCUCAUUCUCACUCCCAUUACGCAGCGGGAUUGACAUGAAACUGUGAAUUGUUUGCUGCUCAAAUAUAGUUGACCUGGAGCCAGCAGUCUGAGGGGUUGAGGAGCGACCAUCCCUGCCUCCUCCCCCUCUACAUCAGCAUGACAAAGCACUGGGGGGGUCCGGGCUUGUUGGCACCACCCGUGAUCACUCUAGGAGCAGGAGCCCAACGCGACCAUCACCUUGACUGCAGAACCGGCUAUUCCUCUUCCAACCCCAGCUGUCAUUGCUCCACAAACCCACUGCUGGAGUUCGGUGGCCGACUGGAGAAGUCCACCACAGGGAUGGCGCAGGACUCCUGUUAUAGAGCCAAACCGUCGGAUCAGAGCGCAUGGGAACUGCAGGAUGGAAACUCCAGCGGAGGAAAGAAGAAGAACUAUCAGCGUUAUCCCAAACCACCGUACUCUUACCUAGCUAUGAUUGCCAUGGUCAUCCAGAACUCUCCGGAGAAGAAGCUCACUUUAUCAGAGAUUCUGAAGGAGAUCAGCACUCUUUUUCCAUUCUUCAAGGGAAACUACAAAGGCUGGAGGGACUCGGUCCGGCACAACCUGUCCUCAUACGACUGCUUUGUGAAGGUUCUGAAGGAUCCUGGUAAACCCCAAGGUAAAGGUAACUUUUGGACUGUAGAAGUGAACAGAAUUCCCCUGGAGCUGCUGAAAAGACAAAACACAGCAGUGUCCCGUCAGGAUGAAACCAUCUUUGCUCAGGACCUGGCCCCGUACAUCUUUCAAGGUUACGCUCCGUCAAACAAAUCCAAACCUCUGCCCGCUGACCUCUCUUUACCCCCUGUUCCCACCCGUCACAGCCCGCCUCCAUCGGAGGACCCCUAUCGUCCCAAACUGGACUCUACGUUUGCCAUAGAUUCUCUCCUGCAUAGCCUCAGGCCGGCCAGUUCUGCUGGGGAGGGCCUACGAGAGAGGGAAAGUUGGGGCGUUGGGCCCCCUCCACACACUCGCUCUACGACUCCUCCACGCCCUUGUAACGCCUUGUACAACUGUAAUUCGUCGGCCAGCUCCGUCAGUCCCGCAUCGGAUUUGUCUGACGAGGACUGGAGAGGGGUGACGCUCGUUGGGAAAAGAUCAAGUGAUCGAGGAUCGACUUCAGAUGGAUACAGUGACUCCUGCCCCCCGCCAAACAAAAGCUCCAAGCGUGGCACUACUCCUCCAUGGGAACUGCCGACUUCCUAUGCCAAAUACACCCCCCCAAAUGCAGUAGCCCCUCCUAGUAUGCGCUUUAACGGAAACCCGUUUAUGCCACUGGGCGGUAUUCCAUUCUACGGUUAUGGUGGUGCGCACGUCACUUCAUCACACUUGAUUGGUCACCCUUAUUGGCCCAUCCUACCAAGUGGGCCGGUUUCCAUACAAGCGCCUCCCCUUCUCAUGGACUUGGACAGUAUGCUGCAAUCUGUUCCGCCUAAUAAGAGUGUGUUUGAUGCGCUUGGCCCCAACAAUCAGACUUCUCACCCAAGUCCAAACCAGUAUGCCCUUCAGAGCGGACCUUCUCUUUGCAAAUAUUCUCUUUAAACUAUCUCGUAACAGUCCUGGAAGAACACGUCUUCCCAUCUUUGGCACUGCCCAGGUUUACACAUACAGAUUUGCAACCAUUAAUGCUGCUCAACACACAUCUGUGAAUUGUCUCAGGGAAUUAUUUGAUAAAAUCCCUCUAUACACUGAACUGUUACUGGAGUUAAGACGGGCCAAUAUUGUCCAAAGAUUCUAUCCGACCAAAGCUGACACUGUUGUGACUCCUGUCCACUCAUGUGAUUUUCUUUGACACUAUUACUACCUCAAACUCUUAAUGUCAGUGGGGAGAUUGGUACAUUUUAGCUGCUCUUGUUUCCUUAAUGGACCCUUGUAGUGUUUGGGGAUAAUGCAAUGCAAUACCUGACAUGACCAAUUGAAUGUUGUCUGUUAAUAAGCUUGAAGUAUUCUGUGUGGCUGCUUUAACUUCCUACAUAUCGACCAGAAAUGGUUUGCUGGACAUUUGUAGGUAUUAGGGAUGUGUUUGUGUGAAUGUGUACUUUUGAAUCCGUAAGGGACCUGCAAUGUUUACAUAAAGACAGGCUUUUCUGCCAUGAAUGUGUCACUUUUUAUAUGUUGCAGAGUAAACAUGCAUUUUUUUGAAAUCUUGACUUUUUGUAUGACUUUUCUGACCUGAUUCUCGUCCCCUAAUUUGUGUGUUUAAAACACUUUCAUUUCACCCCCACUCCACUUGGUAAAAGUCCAAUCUCAGGCUCUGAUAACAACUGUGGAGACUUGACAGAUCUGAUGAGAUCCAGUCUUGUGUGUUUUUUCUGGCAUGCAUUCACUUUGAAGAACUGUAAUUAGAGCCAUUUUUAUCAGUGUCUCUAAGCCUUAUCACAACUCUGUGUCCCUGUGGAGUAUAGGUGCUGUAACUAUUUUAUUUUUAUUUUUUUAUAAUCUGGUCAUCAAAUGAAUGUUUGUCACCUUUUGAUCAUGCAUAUCUGCAAGAUACUGUCCAGAAGCUCAUAUUAAGCAAUAUGAUCAGUAAUUGAAUGUAAAGGGUCAUUUAACUGGUGGUCUGUGGUUGUGUCCCUCCGUCUGGUGCACGUCACCUCACCACCUCCUGCUGUUUUUUUCUGUCCUGUCCUCCCUUAAAAUCACUCAUUCACACCCCCAACACUUCCACCCUCUUACAGGUCCAUUCUUUUUUUAAUAGACCUUUAGUAUAAGCAUUUGUGGCUGAUUAAUUGGUUUUACUGAAGAGUUUGUAGUCUCUUUUCAUUGUAUUAUUAUUGUGUCAUGGUAGCAGUCAGACUGUAUAGUAUUGUUGAAUAUGCUUCAAUUGUGUACAUUUUAGGUGGAAUUGGAAGCAGAAAUCUCCCAUAUAUAGAUUUGCCUAAGUUCUUACGUGUACACACAAAUGUUUUUGGAUUGCAAGGGAAAGUGGCCCAUUUUUAAAAAUUGAAAUAUCAAGGCAAAGCAUAAGAGACAUUGUCUCACAGCAAAUGCGUGUUUGUUACUGUUAUUUUGCUUUUUAGUCAAAUGUUCCUUCUUGAGGUGUUUUUUUUUUCUUUUCUUGAUCAUGUGUUACCGUCUGAUGUCACAUCAUAACUUGUGGUUUGAGAAGCCCUGUAAAUCACUAUUUUACUUGAAUCCAAUGAUGAAAUUGAUAGGAAUUUUAAAAAUUAAGAGAUUAUUAAAUCAAAUGCAACUUGA